GGCACUUAGGUGUUUCAUAUCCAGUGUGUCCUCCAAAAGCCAUGGCAAUGAACAACUUCAUUGUGGCUUUGGUUAUUCUUUGCAUCAACUUCAGCUUAUUUGCAAAUGGUGAUGAUAAUCCAGGUUUAGGAGCUUCAUUUGUCUUCGGCGAUUCGUUGGUUGAUGCAGGGAACAAUAACUUCCUUUCGACAUUGUCUAAAGCUAAUAUUCCUCCAAAUGGGAUCGAUUUUAAGCCUACAGGAGGAAAUCCGACCGGGCGAUACACCAAUGGGAGGACCAUCGGAGACAUUGUUGGAGAGGAAUUAGGACAACCACACUAUGCAGUGCCUUUUCUGGCUCCAAAUUCAUCUGGACAAGUUAUAUUACAUGGAGUCAAUUAUGCAUCUGGUGGUGGUGGAAUUAUGAAUGCCACUGGAAGAAUAUUUGUUAAUAGGCUAUCAAUGGACAUACAGGUUGAUUAUUUCAACAUUACUAGAAAACAGAUAGACCAAUUGAUGGGUAAAUCACAGGCAAGAGACUACAUUACAAAGAAAUCAAUAUUCUCAAUCACAAUAGGUUCAAAUGAUUUUCUCAACAAUUAUCUACUUCCAGUCCUCUCAAUUGGGGCUAGGAUCUCCCAAACUCCUGAUGCUUUCGUUGAUGAUCUUAUCAGCCAUCUCAGGGACCAACUUACGAGACUAUAUAAAUUAGAUGCGAGGAAGUUUAUAGUGGGAAAUGUUGGACCAAUUGGUUGCAUUCCCUAUCAGAAGACAAUCAAUCAACUAAAUGAAGAUGAGUGCGUUGAAUUGCCUAAUAAGCUGGCUCUUCAGUACAAUGCUCGAUUAAAGGAUCUACUAGCUGAGCUAAAUGACAACCUCCCUGGAGCCACAUUUGUUCAUGCAAACGUGUAUGAUCUAGUUAUGGAACUCAUAAAAAACUAUGCCAAAUAUGGAUUCACAACAGCAAGUAAGGCAUGUUGUGGAAAUGGAGGCCAAUUUGCUGGGAUAGUUCCAUGCGGACCACAAUCGAGCAUGUGCUCCGACCGCGACAAGCACGUGUUCUGGGAUCCUUACCAUCCCAGUGAAGCUGCCAACGUUAUCAUUGCGAAACAACUUAUCGGAGGAGACCACAAAUACGUGUCUCCGAUGAACAUUCGACAACUCCGAGAUCUCUGAGAUAUUGUAAUUUUCUUCGAAGUUGUGUGCCGGUCUGCAGUUUGCCCCCUCCUCCUUUGAAGAAUUUAUGUUGAAUGCAGAGAUAUUGGUGAAUGUACUUCAAUAAUCAAGGCUUCAUUGAAUGUGGAUUUAUUUAACGAUUAACAGCAAUAUAUGUUUCAAGUUUUCAACUUCUUACAGGGAGUAUAAUAAUAAAGAUUGAAAGUGUGUUAGUAAAA